AUGUCAGCCCGCUCUCCGGCUCCUCGAAAUGCCAUCGCCUGUGUUCCGUGCCGAACGGCCAAACUGAGAUGUUCCCAUCGCGAUCAAACUCCAUGUGAUCGCUGCCGCUCCGCUGGUCGGGCGGCUUCUUGCUAUUUCCCACAGAAAUGGACCUCCGCCUUGCAUCGGCAGCCGAAGAAGCCGCGCCGUGCCAUCCACGUUCGAACGGAGAGUGGGCUGGACGAGUCGGCAGGCUCCAUUUCCACAGAUGGGCAAUCGAUACGGAGGGAUCCAAUUGAAGAGUUAGACGCCCUCUCCGCGGAGAAACUCUCAUCAGAUGACCCUUUGAGGUGGUUCACAAACGACGUGCAACAAUGUUACCUGCGAUGCACUUACAAGUGGAGUUUUCACCACAAACCUAGCCUGUUGCAACAAAUCAGGGACGGAACAAUCGACUCGGCAUUAGCAUGGGCCAUCCUCACCCUUGCUUCCAGGUACUCGCCCACGCCCACGUGCUUUGGCUCUCCCCUCGAAGCCAGCAGUUUCUUUGCAGAACGGGCAUCGCGCGCCGUGCAGCUGCGUAUCACUUCUCCGAGUCUGCCCCAGGUGCAGGCGCUUUUGCUGCUGACGGGACACAAGUGGGGUGCCGGCGACGGCAAGAGCGCAUGGAUCUAUCUGGGGAUAGCAGUGCGAAUGGUGCAGAUGAUGGGGCUCUGUUCCGAAUCUUCGAUCGUCGCCGGCGACCAGUCGGCUUCAGAAGCAUUCAUCUUGGCCGAAGAACGUCGCCGCACUGCUUGGACGUGCUUCCUCAUGGAGAGCCUUCUUAGUGGCGGGGGCAGUCGCGCACGCAUCCUCACAUCCGAAGAUAUGGCGAUUCAGCUUCCGUGUGAAGACGACGCGUUCGUGUUUGGGACACCCGUGCGGUGCGAACUGUUGACCGACGCAUAUGCUUCAAAGCCGCGUCCAGGCACGACGAAUGUGUCAAACCCGUCGAUACUCGCAUAUACCGUCAGAGUUGCAGAUAUAUGGGGUCAUGUAGCCAAGUGGGCCUCAGGCGACGAGUCUAUGACUGAAAACCCUGAUCACCAGGACUCGAGGGUGCAUAGUCUUGUGUCGUCUCUUGAGCAUUGGAGGUCGACGUUACCAGACAGACUCCGAUACAGCCUGUUCUCGCUACAAGCCCACAGCGUGCUUGAACAGGGCCAAGGCUUCUGCUACAUGCACUGCGUCUAUUUCUUGGCCAUCAUCUUCCUCCACCGCCAUUACCUGCCGCACCUGGGUCUCUCCAAGAGCUACCAGCCGCCUCGGUGCGGCCCGGAAGACGAAGAUGACACACCCCUGGACUGGGUGGCGGCCCGGUCGUCGCAGACCCUCUACGACACCGCGGCCACGGUGUGCGACAUGUGUGAGGAGAUCAACCGCUUCGGCGCGGACUUUCGGAGAGGCCUGGUCCCCUGGAUCGGCUUCACCGUGUACACCACAAUUGGCGUCAUGCUCUACUUUCAAUCCUUCCCACUCGAGUCUGGUGUCGAGUAUCUUGCGAGGACCAGACAUAGGCUUCACAGUGCCUACUUGCUCCUCCAGGAGAUGAAGAACGAAUGGCCCAUGGCAAGUCGAUGGCUCGAAAACAUAUACUCGCUGCAGAAAUACCACUCUUCCAGGGCACACCAGCAGACCAAACCGUCAACGGAAGAGCUGCGCAGUUUCCGCAAUCUAAUGCUCGACUACGGCGCCCUGCACGACGCUCCAGCCUCCAACCCAACAACCUUACCUAUGCGUCACAUGGGGACCACGCCAGACAUGGCUCCAGAACUGUACAACACUCACUCGGGCACAGAGACCAGACCAAACCACUACGCACUCCGUCUGCAAGAUCCACCUCAAUCGGCGAGGACAACGUCCGCCAGCGACACGUCAUUCGUGGACGCCUGGGACGAGUCGGGCACGGAUCAUUUUGACAAUAAUGUCGACUACCUCGUCUCAGAGGAGGAGAUGGCGGGGAUUUUCCAGGAGUUCUGGACCAUGUUUCCCGGGGAGGUUGGCACUGAGAAUCCGGCUUUCUAG